AUGCAUCAGAUGCCAAGCUCAAAAUGCGAUGAAAUCAAUUGCAGUUGGAAGCAACUGGAACGCAUAAUAGUGCACAUGGAUCGGGCGAAGUAUACCAUUGACAUAGCCAUCUAUGUCAUGGAUUCGUCUGCCAUUGGUUCGGUGCUACGCCGCGCCACUGAGCGGGGAGUACGAGUACGCUUAAUUUGUUUCAAGAACUAUCAAACAUUGAAAACCAAAUACGGGGAUUGCAUAUCGCUACGCAGACUAAAGCCGGUGAUAAAACAACCAAGGGAGAUGACAAUGCAUCACAAAUUCUGCAUCAUCGAUGGCUACAUUGCGAAACGUUCGAUUUUUGUAGAGAAAACAUCGGCAUUAACCGUAUGCAUGACUGGCUCCAUGAACUGGAUAUCGCUGCCCAGAAGCUGUGAUGAUUUCCUCAUUACCAGCGCGCCCAAGAUAGCUAAGCGACUGGAAUUGGAAUUCGAACGCAUUUGGAAACUAUGCAAGGACUAA